CAGGGUGAUGAGGACCUGCAGGCUGUGUGUAUUGGAGAAAUCUUCCUGGAGUUUGUCAACAUGCUUCCAGCAUUUCAGACUUACUGCUUGCAGCAGUCCACAUCUGUCAACAUGCUCAACACUCUGGAGAAGGAAAAGGAGCUGCUUAGAAUAUUUCUCGAUGUCUCCCAGAAUGACAACACCGCACUCAGACGCAUGAACCUGCGCUCCUUCCUCAUGGCGCCGCUUCAGCGCGUGACCAAAUACCCACUGCUGCUAAGCCGCAUCAGCAAGGCCACCAACGAAUGUCACCCAGAUUACCCUCGCUUGAAAGAAGCUAAGAGCCGUGUGGAGUCCCAUCUGGAGCACAUCAACAUGAAGACCAAACAAGAAGGGACUGCCACGUGGUCCUUGCGCUCCUUCCGACGCGACAGCCGUAAGAACCGAGAGGUCAUCAACAUCGAGAUGAGGGAGCUGUCGAUGAAGAUGGUGGGCUGGGCCCGAGAAAGCACCCGCUUCAUCAUGGAGGGGCCGCUCCAGCUAGCACAGCCCGCCGAUGGACAGUGGCUGAAGAAGGGAAGCAAAUCCCUCAAAUUCCAGAACGUUCAAAGCUUACUUAUGGUUCGCACUCUCCGUGCUACAGACGCAGUUCCUGACGGGAGUUUGGAGUCUUCGGAGGCGGUGCAGGACGGCGUGCUGGUGCUCAUCAAGGACAAAAGCAGUGGCAAGUUCACUGUGUUACGGGAACCCAUCCGUCUGGCUAACUGCGUGGUGUCCGUGGACCCAGACUGUGAAGAUACCUUUGAAGUGCUGGACAUCCGACGCGAGGCCUUCGUUUUCCGUGCCUCUGACAAACCACGCACUCAGCAGUGGUUUCGACAGGUUAAGAGAUACGUUUGUGAUCUAGGAUCCUGGAGAAAACGACGCAACGCUCUUCCUAAUAUCAUGAUUAACACCUCUCAGAGCCGGUCCUGA